CACAUGACCCGCGGUACCAUAGUGACUCGCUAUCAACCAUUCAUUUCACUUCGUGGACGACUGAAGAGGAGCACCAACAUGUGUACUAGCGUGCAGCCUAUUGAGUGGACCGCUGACCUCAAGAACCAGAAUUUCGAUGGCAUCGUCUUGGUGACCCAAAACUAUGAGGACUUGCCCUCUGAACUUGAGUUUCUGAAAGCUCCCCUCCAGGACUACCACUCUGUGGACAGUGGGCUGGGUGAGGAAGUGGUGGUCCUGAAGGUCCCCGGUCUUCCUGGCAACCGGCUGGUGUUUUCCGCCACCGGCCCCGUGAACCGAGACUACGAUGACGUCAGGCGUUUCAACGAUGCAGGAGUGAACGGCAUCAAGAGGGCCUUGAAAGCCGGCAUGCAGCGCCCUCUGUUGGUGUGCCCGCCACACAAGGACUACAAGAACAGCAUGCUGGUGGCCGCCCUGGGAGCUCUUCAUGCACUCUAUAUGCCUCUGGAAGUGAGGGAGGCGAACGUAAAGUCGUCCAACUACAAGGUGUGCGUGCUGGGUCUCUGGGUAGCUCACGAUGACCAAGGACAAAGGCUGGUGGAUUUGGUUGAUGGUCUGGAAAGUGGAAGGCUGGCGUGUCGCGAUAUAGGCGGCUCCGAUCCAGAGCGAAUGGCUUCUCCCCGCGUGGCCGAGUACGUGCUGGAACUGUUCAAGGACAGCCCCGUGAAGGUUGAAGUGCUAAGUGACCUGAAGCUCCUAGAGAAGGAGUACCCUUGUCUGGCUGCUGUCAACCGCUGUGCCAACAGUGUACCUCGUCACCAGGCCAGAGUCAUCAAGCUGCAAUACUGUGGCGAGGGACCCGUGGCGAAGACCCUCAUGCUGGUGGGCAAGGGCAUCACCUACGACACAGGUGGAGCGGACAUCAAGGCUGGUGGCUUCAUGGCCGGCAUGCACAGAGACAAGUGUGGAGCUGCUGCCGUCGCUGGCUUCUUUCAGAUUUUGGCCAAGCUCAAACCAAAGAACCUGAAGGUUGUUGGUUCCAUGGCCAUGGUGCGCAACAGUGUGGGUGCAGACUGCUACGUGGCAGAUGAGAUUGUGGUUUCUCGCGCGGGCCGCCGAGUCCGAGUGGGAAACACAGACGCCGAGGGACGCAUGGUGAUGGUGGACCUGCUUUGUGAAAUGAAGGAGCAGGCGCUACAUGAGACUUCCCCUCAGUUGUUCACGAUUGCAACACUGACCGGCCACGCCAUCAGAGCCAUGGGGCCAAACUACUCUAUCAUCAUGGAUAAUGGACCCGCCCACCGCGCUGGAAAUGCUGCUCAGUGGCAGAAAGCUGGCGAAGCUCUUGGCGACGUGUUUGAAGUGUCCAACAUCAGGAGGGAGGACUACGAGUUCCACAAGGGUAAAUCAGAGUACGAGGACAUCCUCCAGUGCAACAAUUUGCCCUCUUCAGCGACCCCUCGAGGUCAUCAGACCCCAGCUGCCUUCCUCAUCAUGGCGUCAGGCCUGCACAAGCACGGUGUGGAUUCUGAUUCACCGCUGCUGUACUCCCACAUCGACAUCGCCGGCUCCAGCGGUCCCUUCCCCGGUGUGCCAACAGGGGCGCCCAUCCUCACCAUGGCAACCAACUACAUCCUGUCUGAACUAUAAGCAACCUCUUCCUAGUGUGAAGUGGCCUGAUGUGUAAAUGUGUGGCUGUGUGACAGUUCAUCAACAUUUCUCAUUGCUCAAUAAAUGUUCUUUCCUCAA